GUGUGUUUACGCCGUAGCGCCGGGGUGGGCUGGAGCCGGGGCCCUGCAGCCGGAGGCCUGCGGCGGCUCGGCGCUCCCUGCCCCCCGCGGGCGCUGCCAUGGAGGCUGCAAGUUUGGAGGCGGCUGGGAAAGGUGCCCUCUAGCCCAGCGCGCCAGGCUGGGAGCCGGAUCUAGGUGAGACGGAGGAGAGGAGGCUGCGGGGGGUCCUCACCCCCCCAUCCCAAUCCGGAUCCGUGUCUGGGAGGAGUGGGGGCCCUGGCUGUGCUGAGCCCCCCGCGCGCCGGCUUUGCCCUUGUCCUGCGCCAAUGCAACACCUCCGUUGAUGACACCCAGCAGCUGCCAGCAAGUUCCUCCUCUUUCCCCCCCAGGCUUGGACUGUUAAUUUUGUUGCGAUGGAGACUGUGUCCCUGGAGCAUCAGAUCCAGAGUGUGCAGCGACACAUCGCCUUCCUGAAGAAGGAACAGAUGGAGCUGCUGCAUGACCUGCACCUGGAGAUCCUUCGACUGCAGAAGCAUUGCUCAGAGCUGACCCAUGAUCUUGAAAUGAAGGAGCUGGAAGCCCGUCAGCAAGAAGUCAUCGAUCGGGAGCUGGAGGAUAAGUGCAAGAUCAUGGAGGCUCAGCUGCACGAGAAGGAGAAGGACAAUCUGGACCUGAGGAAGGAGCUUCGACACAAGGAAGCCUUGGUGGCUGCGCUGAGAUCCAACCUCAGGAACAAGGAGAGGAAAUUCCUCGAGGAGCUGAAAAGGAGGAGCCAUCGGGUGACCAUACUAAACACAGAGCUGCAGAAGCAGACAGAGGCUGCUGCUUACCUCUCCUUCCAGCUCCAUUCCACCAAGCAGACGCUGCACAGCUCCCGGCAGGGUGGGAAGCCCCCCUCCGACAAGCCACCGGACAAACCCUUGCCUACACAACCUUCCGGUGAGGUGAGACCUAAAAAGCGCAGCCACAAGGCUCAUGUUCGGAGGCUGGCGACUGACUGCUCCUUUAGCAAAGGGGUUAUGAAGGACUCUUUCCAGAGGGAGAGGAUGAGCAGCUUUGAAGACGCAGAUCCCAUGCCUGACCCAGCACUUUUUUUAUACACCAGGAGGCACCAUGCACCCCACCGUCAGAAAUCUGAGCCCAAAACUGAGGGCCUUAAAAAAGCAGGGGUUGAUCCAAAUGACAGUGCUGCUACAGGCUGUGACCUGCAGAGGCCAUCUCGGCAGCUUUCCCAGGAGCAGGUGGAAGCCACAAGCCCCAGGGCUUCAGCUAAGACCAAGCCCUCUAGGGGCAAGCAAGGCAGAUGUCAUGGAUCCAGCCCCAGGAAUCCCAAAGAUUCGGAAUAAAAACAAAGGAAAAGGAACAAUGCAACCAUCCCAUGCAGCGUCGGAGUCUGGCUAUACCAAAAAAGAGAGGAGGGCCUACGCAGAUUUCCUGCCGCCUUGUCUUCAUGGAGUACAAUAUUGGGCUGGGGGAAUUGCUCGUUCUGGCUCCCCUAACCACAGCUCCCUUUCCUUCUGCUAAGGGAGAAAGAAAUGAUCUCACUUGUCUAAAAUGGAGAUUUCUUCUCAGAAGGAUAGUGGGGCAUGGGAGUGCAGUGGCCAGCAAUGCUGAGGGUGUUCUGAAUGUUGGUAUGGAGUCAACUCCAAGAGAAAAUUAAUCCAGAUGUGGAAUGUGGAGAGAGUUUUGGGGCAUGGGAAUAAGGGAAGGAAUGGUGGUCAAGAGCUGUCCAGAGCUUCCCUUUCUUAAAAAUGAACAUGUCUGAGACUAAAACCUCUUUCU